AUGUCUUCAUUCUUCUCUAAAGCGGCGUCAAGUCCGCAUGCGCAACUGGCUGCUACCGCUGUGUUAUCAGGCGCCACGGUAGCGUGUCUCAUCCUCGGCUACCAAGCAUUCGAAAGAAAAGAACGAAUUCAAGAUCUCAAAAAGUCCAUCCCUUCUUCUGCUGAAGAGGCUGCCAAGCUCACUCGGUACGGCGCCGCCUCUCCCCCAGUAGACAAGGAGGAUGCCCGCAACCAGGCUCUCGCAAGGAGAGCACAGGCCGGCGACUUUGACGAAGACCUCAUCCUCGAACAGCUCGCCCGCAACAGGGUCUUCUUAAAAGACGACGGCCUGCAAAAGCUCCGCAACGCCUUCGUCAUCGUCGUCGGCUGCGGCGGCGUCGGUUCCCACUGCACCGCCGCCCUCGCCCGCUCAGGCGUCUCCAAGAUCCGCCUCAUCGACUUUGACCAGGUGACCCUCAGCUCCCUCAACCGACACGCCGUCGCCACGCUGGCGGACGUCGGCAUCCCCAAAGUCCAGUGCCUCUACCGCCGCCUCAUCGCCAUCGCCCCCUGGGCCAAGUACGAGCUCAAGAACCAAAAGUUUGAAAAGAUUGCCGCCGACGCGCUGCUUGCGCCCUGGGCCGAGGACGGACAGAAGCCGGACUAUGUCGUCGACGCGAUUGACAAUAUCGAUACAAAGGUCGCUCUGCUCAAGUACUGCCACGAUCACGGCAUUCCCGUCAUCUCCUCCAUGGGAGCCGGGGCCAAGGGCGACCCUACGCGCGUUAAUGUCGGCGAUAUCGGAGCCAGCACCGACGACGGGCUUUCUAGGGCGACGCGCAGGAAGCUGAAGCUGCAGGGCGUGACUGGCGGAAUUCCCGUCGUGUACUCGACUGAGGUCGCCGGCGAGGGCAAGGCUGCUCUCUUGCCGCUCGACGAGGAAGAGUUCAAGAAGGGCCAGGUUGGCGAUCUCAGUGUUUUGCCAACUUUCAGAGUCCGGAUUCUGCCCGUUCUUGGAACCAUGCCUGCUGUCUUUGGAUACAUCGCCGCGAACCACGUCAUUCUCAGCAUUUCAGGAUACCCCCUCGACUACGUUCCGGCCAAGAACCGCGACAAGCUCUACACCGACAUCGUCGCAUUCGUUCAGGGCUCCGAGACGAGAAUCGUCCACCACAGAUUCGGCAUCGAAGAGUCCAAGGGUCUCCGCAUCCCCGUCUCCCUCGGCGACGCCGCCUUCUUGACUGAGGAGCUGUGGAAGGGACGCAGCGCCGUUACCGGUCUCAUCAACAGACUCGUGCUGGUGCGGUGGAGACGGCCCGAGGGCCAGACCAAGCUGCGCAUCGGCGAGGGCGCCGAGGAGCAGAAGUGGUCCAACAUUCGCUUCCGCGACUUGGUCUGUAUGACCAGAGACGAGGCUCUCCGCCACGAGAAGGAGUACCUUAAGAAGGACGAUACCAAGUUGGAGGAUCUGUACGAUGCGGACAUCAUUGCCCGGAUAGAGGCUAGGUUGGAGGAAGCUGUCGAGGUCGAGAAGGAUAGACUUUGA